AUGGUUUGGACCCAAGGUGAUAUUCAACAAUGGACUGAUAAGUUAAGAGAAGAAAAACGUUCGGAUCAAGAAUAUUUCGAUUGGGAUAGAGAUUAUCUUCCAAAAAUGAUGGCUAUCAUUGUACGAGCGGUAGAACUAUAUUGUGGAUAUCAUAUGAGAAAUAUUCAAUUGAUAGUAUUAGCAAUAGUUUUAGAGUCACAUAGUAGAGAAAAAGGUCGAUUAGAUAAUAUAUCAACAGACGAAGAAAAAUCAUUAAUUGUGACUAUUUUAGCAACUGCACAAGCAUUGAUAAGAUACAGUAUUAAGCAAUUAAAUAAACGUUGGACUAAUGGAUUACAUCAAUUUUUACAAUUGAAACAUUUCGAAAAAUUAAAUGAGGAAAGUUUAAAAGCAGUUUGUAUGUCGAAUAUGAACUUUUUCAAAUUUUAUGAGCAUUUAAACGGGAUGACUGAAACGAUAGGUGAUCAAGAAGAAAGAGAAGUAUUGAAUCUUGAAUAUGGAGUGGAUUGUUUUGAAUUACCACGUUUUAAAAAAUAUAGAUUUCAAUAUGAAAAGAGUAAAGAAUGUGUUUGUGCAAGCAAAGAUGAUUGGUGUGAACAGAUUAUAGCGGAUAUUAACGAAAAAAUGGAUGCCAAACGUCUAGUUAGUCAUGAGGAAAAAGAUGAGAUAGAAAAAAAAAUGAAGAAAGAAUCAGACAAUCUAUUAGUUGAAGUGCAAAAAGUACUAAAAAAAAAUUAA